AUGGCAUUGCAACCCUCCUCGAUUCCCAAGUUCACAACAGUAACUUGGAGCUCACCUCGAGUCACAGAUUCUCAUCUUACCUCCCCUGUUAACGGAAUCGUACCGGAUAUCCGGUUAGAGCCUCCCUCACAAGACCUGGUUUUAGAGAAUGUUCUGGACUACGAUCUACCAGAAGAUUUGAGAGGCAAGCUGAAUGACAUCGUAGAUAGAUUCCAAUCGACAGGCCCAGUCGAACCAACUGACACCGUGAGCUUACCGAGAAGGUACGUGAGACGACUGUCUAACGCAGAUACUUCGAUGGCCUUGCCAGGUCCCGCUGUGGACGCCAGUGAAGAAGAUAUGCCGGCUAGGGAAAGAGAUCUAACCACAGCCCUAGAGUGGAUUCGGCAAGAAAUUCUGGGCAUGAUGGGACAAGACGUGUGUCUUCUGAGACAGUUUAUACAACUUCAAGACAGCAUCCUACAUCUGCGGUGUCUCUACGACAUGCAUGGCUCCUGCUCUGACGUCAGCAGCCUGAGCAGCAGCACUAGUUCCCUCAACGAGCAGCUGAGGUCGCCCAUGCUCCAGCGUUUCAGACUCGACUCUCGAAGUUUCUGGAACAAACCCACCCUCUCAUUGCCAAACUCUCCCCGGGCGCCAAGGUUCAAGUGGGGCCAUGAAGAAGUCAUCUAG